GCGACACUCAAACUCUUGCUUCGUCUUGGGAAACAAGGAGAGAAAGAGGAAAAUGGAGUCAUCCGCUCAGGAGGAGAAUGAGAGAUGAGGAAAAUGGAGGGAAUGGCUAAAAGCCAAAAAGGUCGUAGCUUUCUUCUCCGAGCAGAAACAAAGUUCCUUCCAUUACCUUUUCAUCUAUCUUUGUGAGCAACCCCCCCUUCCCCUUUGAAUUUUUCUUUCCUUCUUCUCUCUCUCUCUCUCUCGUUAAUAAAAGCUCUGCGUGUAGUUCUUCUUUCGUUUUUCAACGAGACUCUGCAAUCUCCAUGCUUGUCAAGCUGAUACAGGCCCUCCCGUUGGUUUCCGAUUGCAGAGAGGACGUUCUGCGUUUGCUUUCUGGGGUUUGGCUUCUAUAAUGGUUUAAAAUGUGGAAAUCUGUCCGUUUAUAGAUCAAAGGAAGUUGCUGCUGGUGGAAUAAGUUCUUGAAAGCUUUUCUUGGUUGAUGAGGAAUGGAUUUCACAAGCGGAUAGGUUGAGCACAGAAUCUGCUUUUGAAGCUGCUUUAGAGAGCAAAAAACCAGCAGCAGCAGUUGCCAACAGCCUCUUAUAUCAAGAAUAGUUCCACAGACUUCUUGUGCCACAUCAUGGAGUUGGAUUAUAGAUUACCUACAAAGAAACUUGUGGACUGUAGAAUUUGUCAUGAUGAGGAUGAGGACACAAGCAUGGAAGUGCCGUGCUCUUGCAGUGGCAGUUUAAAGUAUGCCCACAGAAAAUGUGUUCAGAGGUGGUGCAAUGAAAAGGGUGACACUACCUGCGAGAUCUGCCAACAGCAAUUCAAGCCUGGUUACACAGCACCUGCUCCAUUGUUUCACUAUGGAGGAAUUCCUGUGAACUUCAGGGGAAACUGGGAGAUGUCUGGAAAUGACUUCCAUAAUCAUCAAUUCAUAGCAAUGGUGACCGAUGAUCGUGAUUUUUUGGACUCCGACUUUGAUGAUUAUACAACUACUCCUUCUCCUACAAGCCUGAUGUGUUGCCGGGUCGUUGCCAUUAUCUUCAUGGUACUCCUUGUGCUGCGCCAUACCUUGCCGAUCAUUACUACUAGAACCGAAGACUACUCUGUGACAUUGUUUACAUUAUCGCUGUUGAGAACAAUUGGGAUUCUUCUGCCAAUUUAUGUCAUGGUUAAAGUCUUUGCAGCCGUCCAGCGUCAACGUCAGCUGGUUUCACAUAUGGCGUUCAUCCCAUCUUCGGAUGAAGAAAGUGAGCUCCCCCAAGUAGAAGCUCAGUCUCGACUAGAACCUCAGUCACGGCUCAUUCGUGUGCAAUGACUGGUGCACCGACUCCACCAAACAAAAAUGGUCAAGCCAGAGCAUCAGCAAUGUCAUGUUACGUAUAGCAACUGCGUGUUGCUGCAAUCUGGGGACUGGAGGGAGCAGUACUGCUAGCAAAUCUUCAAAAUUCUUCCGUCUGUUCUUCCCAUAGUGGUGGAAAUUUCGCUACCUAUGUCAAUCGAGAGAGAAGGGAGAUGGAUGUACCUCCAAGAGGUUGGGGGACGUGUGGCUAUAUGAUGUAUGCUCUUGUAUGAGAAAAAAAGAAGAAGAAUGUAUAGCUUUAAAGGUUUAUCACAUGGCUUUUUAAGGUUCAGUUAAUCACAAAGUACAGCGUUCAUGUCAAUGCAAACCGAAGAUUUCAAAC